AUGGUGUUGGUUUUGGUAAUAGGCGACCUUCACAUUCCAUAUCGAGUACACGAUCUGCCUCUCAAAUUCAAAAAACUUUUGGUUCCAGGUAAGAUACAACAGAUUAUAUGUACGGGCAAUGUGUGUGAUAAAGAAACCUAUGAUUACUUGCGGACUGUCGCUGCUGAUGUUCAUGUCGUUAAGGGGGAUUUCGAUGAGUUCCCAAAUUGGCCUCUUUCCAAAAUUAUAACUCAUGGACCUCUUCGCAUUGGUGUUCUACAUGGACACCAAAUAAUUCCUGUUGGAGAUGCUGAAUCGUUAUCGAUUGUAGCGCGUCAAAUGGACGUGGACAUUUUACUAACGGGUCACACACAUAGAUUCGAGGCAAUUGAAUAUGAUGGUAAAUUUUUUGUUAAUCCGGGUAGCGCGACAGGUUCUUAUUCUGGGUUUAGUUCAGAAGAUAUCAAACCAUCAUUUGUACUCAUGGAUAUUCAAGGAAUUGUCGUGGUUACAUAUGUUUAUCAAUUAAUUGAUGGUGAAGUUAAAGUAGACAAGAUUGAAUAUAGGAAAACUUAUGAUACAAAUAGAGUUUUGUGA